UUUCUUAAUUGCUUCGCCAUAAUUUAGUUACCAUUUGAAUUGAAAGGGACUUCUUUGUUGUUAUUUUACAAUAUCAAGCAUGUUGCUUUCGUCUUUGAUGCUAGUUUACAAACACCGUAAUUUGCAAUUAUUUUGUUAUCAGAUCACAGUUGCCUUUUAAUUGAACAGCAUCUGCUGAGAGUUCAUUAUUUGAAUAUUUUUUUAUGCGUAAUAUUCUAUUGCAAAUGAACAGAAGAAGAAAGCGGUAGUUGCUGGUAGGAUUGCGGAGCUUAGACUAUGUUUGCAAAUUAAUGAUAAUAAUAAAAAGAACUUUAUUUUUCCUCUGGGUGACUCAGAUUUUUAUGCUAUAAAAGUUCUGAUCAUGUUCAUAUUGCAAGUCUAAGCCUUUCAUAGAGAUGGAGACAAUUACUUGGGGGAUUGAUUCUCGAUAGAUAAUUAUGAAGUCAAAAGCAUAAAAUAAUUGGUUCCUCUGGUAGUUUUGAUCAGACUCAGUGACUAUGAUCAAGCUUUUUAAAGUAAAGGAAAAGCAGAGAGAACUUGCAGAAAAUGCAAGUGGUGGAGCACCCGUGAAGAAGCAAAGCGCCGGCGAGUUGCGCCUUCACAAAGAUAUAAGUGAGCUGAAUCUUCCAAAAUCUUGUACCAUACAAUUCCCCAAUGGCAAAGAUGACCUGAUGAACUUUGAAGUUACAAUUCGACCUGAUGAUGGUUAUUACUUAGGUGGUAUAUUUUUGUUUUCCUUCCAAGUAUCUCCCAUAUAUCCGCAUGAAGCACCAAAGGUUAAGUGCAAGACAAAGGUCUACCAUCCAAAUAUUGAUUUGGAAGGAAAUGUUUGUCUUAACAUCUUAAGAGAAGAUUGGAAACCUGUCCUCAAUAUAAACACGGUUAUUUAUGGCUUGUAUCAUCUAUUCACGGAACCAAACUAUGAGGAUCCACUGAAUCACGAUGCUGCUGCUAUGUUGAGAGAGAACCCAAAAUUGUUUGAAUCUAAUGUGAGGAGGGCCAUGGCUGGUGGAUAUGUGGGGCAAACCUUUUUCCCACGCUGUAUCUAGACCAAAGCUUGACGCCUGUUAAAAUUUACUAUCAAUGCUUGAAGGCCCAUGGUUUGUAAAAUUGAUUCUAAAAUUGGGAUUUUCCUUUCAUCAGUCUGUUAUUUUCCUUGCAAAGACCACCAAGCGCAUCUUAAAGCCAAACAGAUGGAAUGCUAUUGUAACUUCUGUGCGUUAAUUGAGUGUUGACAAUGAAAUGUUAUUCUAAAGGGGACCAAGCAGAAAAUGGGUUCGGUGAUCAA